CAAAAUCAGCGGGCUUUUAAUAUUGGGCCUUAUUUAGCCCAAUAUUCGGCUGGGCCUGAUAGUAAAGAACACCGUCUCUUCCUUGACUAAAAGCAAGAACCGAGAAGCCGACAUUGACCCCCCGUACCGUCAAAUUCCCGCCGCCGUCGUAACGUUCUCUUCGCCGGCCAAGAAGACAGAUCAUCCAUGGCAGUAGCAGGACACUCCAACGGCUAUACCACGGCGACUUUAGUCUGUACACUCGCCGUAGUAUCAGUAUCCGCCGCCGUCUCGCUGUAUAGAUGGAGGAGACGAGAAGAAGAUUUGGAGUGUAGGAUUAAGGAACUUGAGAAGUCUUUGGGAUCCACCAUGGAGAAAAGUGCUUCUGAGAGAAGAGGUCGAGUUAAGGCUCAGCAGGCAUUACGGGAAGCGUUAGCACAAUCUGAGUCGCAUGAUUUACACAACACUAUAUACCCGAUGAGACCAAUCGGCACUGUACAGUCUUGCUUUUCUACAAGGAACGGUACACCGAGGCAGCCAUUGCUUGUGUCGCUUGCGAGGGCAUGUUUGAUCUUUAAUCCGGCUUUGGUUCCUCCUGCGUCUCUUGAGGGUCUCGGAGAGUAUUCUCACUGCUGGAUAAUAUACGUGUUUCAUCUCAACACUGAUAUCGAGAAGCUAUGGAGAAAGCCAUCUCAGUCUAAGCUCAAGGCAAAGGUGAGAGUGCCAAGGCUAAAUGGUGAACGAAAGGGAGUCUUUGCUACUAGGUCCCCUCAUCGACCUUGUCCCAUUGGGCUCACCGUUGCUAAGGUGGAGGAAAUCCAAAAGGAUAAGGUUCUGCUCUCUGGUGUCGAUCUGGUGGAUGGGACUCCGGUGCUUGACAUCAAGCCUUAUUUGCCAUACUCGGACAGCAUUCAAGAAGCCACGGUGCCAAACUGGGUAAAGGAGGACUGCUUAUUGGCUGUGGCUUCUAUAACUUUCUCAGAGACCUUCUGUUCCUCCAUCACCAGCUGCUGGAAACAGGAAAAGAAGUCUCUGUAUAGUUCAGGGGAUGAGUUCAAGAGCCUGAUUAGGCAGGUCCUGUCAUGGGACAUACGAUCAAUGUCACAACGGAACAAGCCACAAGACACAUCGGAUGCAGAUAACAUCGUUUAUCACUUGGUUCUGGAGGGACUGGACGUGUCUUACAUGAUAGAUAACGAAAGUAACAUCCUCGUCCAAGAUGUUUCUCUUCUCAAUAUCCUGGAAGAUGUUGCAGGAACAUGAUCUUUGUAAAGACUUAUUGGAUCUUCUGGACUUGAAAUGAUGGUUCCAUCACCAUUGCAAAGGAAAUCUCGAGCUUUUUCGAUUCUUGCUUGUAUUGGGAGUUGAGGAUGAAUAGCGAGAGAGAGAGACACACACACAAGACUCGGUAGAAGAAGAACAAAUUUGGAUUCACAUUGAACACAAAACCAAAGGCACGCAAUUGUAAUUGGAUGAAUGAAUUUCGCAGUUUCGAUGUUAGAUGAUUGAAUUUCUCAGUUUGUGUUUGGUUUAGUGUAAAAUGUACAAAAACAAUUUCAAGUCUAAACCUUUCAGUUGAAGAUGCAUUCAAUUCAUGUAACUGAAU